CGUCGCGCGCUGACGCGGCUCCUGCAGCGCGAGCCCAGCCUGUGCCAUGCGCGAGAAGUAACCAGAGCGGAAAAAAAAGGAUACAUUAUCGCCUGGGACGAGGUAUCGAUUUGGAGGAGGGUAAUAGACUACAUACAGACUGAGAAAUGCCGAAGGAUCAUCAGCUGCAGCAAAAAGAUGGGGGAGAGGAGGAUUCUGCGCAGGGCAGACUCGGCAUCAGGGAUACCUCGCUGGCCAGGUACCUAGACGGGCAGCACUGGAAGCUGAAGAACGAGCUCCGUCAGCAAACAGCCCAGAGCCAGCUGUUCACCCAGCACAGGUAUGAUCUGAGUCUGCAAGAGAUGCGGGAUUUGUCUUCCGAGCGAGUCAAGUUUGUCAUAAAGUUACCAAUCGUUCAGCAACAGUUGGAAGAACAGAUAGAAAAGAAAAAGCACUGUGUCAAUAAAAGUCUGGCAAUUGGAGAGGUACUUUCCACAGCUGAUCUCACGACUGGAGUAAAGAUGGGUGUGGUCUGUUGGUUGUUUGGUGGGGCAAUAAUCAACCUUGGAAGCCAAGACCACAUUGAAAAGUGGUUUCAACCCCUAAAGGACUUAAAAUUUACUGGAAUGUUUGCAAUGACAGAACGUGGACAUGGUAGUAAUGUGAGAGGCAUCCAGACCCGAGCAACAUAUGACCCAACAACAAAGGAAUUUAUCAUUCACACACCAUGUGAAGAUGCAGAGAAAAUGUAUAUUGGAAAUGCAAUGAAAGGAAACUACGCUGCUGUAUUUGCUCAACUAAUUGUCAGUGGACAAUUGCUAGGGCCUCACUGUUUUAUUGUGCCUAUUCGAGAUGAUGCAGGCAACAUGUACCCAGGAGUCACAGUAAUUGACAUGAUGCACAAAGAGGGUCUAAAUGGCGUUGAUAAUGGGAUUCUAGUAUUUGACAACGUUCGAAUUCCAAAAGAAAAUCUUCUUGACAAGUUUGGUUCUGUAUCUGAGAACGGAGUUUAUGAAUCACCCAUUGCAGACAAAGGUCUGAGGUUUAAUGUUAUGCUAGCAGCCCUUACACCAACAAGGAUUGCCUUAAUAUUUCAGGCUUUGGGAGCAAUGAAGCUUGGCCUGACGAUUGCCAUUCGUUAUAGUCACAGCCGGAGGCAGUUUGGACCUAAAGACAAAGAAGAGGUGAAAAUCAUUGAGCACCAGACCCAGUACCUUCGACUGAUGCCACACCUCGCUGCCUCACUUGCUCUGACUUUUACAAGCAGGUAUGCGGGAGAGAUAUUAGAUGAAGAUAUGUAUCAAGGCAGGAAUCUGGUCAACAAUCGCUCUUUGCAGGCAUUAGUAGCAGGGUUGAAAGCUUACAGCACCUGGGAGAAUCUAGCCUGUUUGCAAGAUUGUCGAGAGUGCACCGGUGGUAUGGGUUACAUGAUGGAGAACCGUAUCCCUGGGCUGAAAUGUGACUCCGAUGUAUUCGUAACCUUUGAGGGUGACAAUGUUGUGAUGUUACAGGUGGUUGUGCGUGAACUUUUAGCUCAAUAUGCAAGACAGUAUGAAGAGAAGCCUGUGAUUGGACUGCUAAGAAACUGGACUGGUGCGGUGGCUGACAGUUUAAGAACCAGUAUCCUAGCGUUUAGCACAGAGACGGUGGGUAGUCUGAGCUUCUUACUGAAAGCACUAAAUUACCGAGAGAGAAUCCUUCAACGCAGUUUGGCAACCAGACUCCACAGUAAGGUAACAAAAAGAAAGGAAGAGCCUUUCAGUGCCUGGAACUCAUGCCUCCACCAUGUCUCUUACCUUGCACUGGCUCACAUUCAUCGAGUGACCUUAGAACAGUUCUGGAAAGCAGUGGAACAGUGCCCAGUCCCAGAAGACCAAGCUUUGCUGAAGAAGUUUUGCCUUUUGCAUGGAACUAACCUCCUUUACCAAGAACGGGCUUGGUAUCUAGAACACAAAUAUCUCACACCAGCAACAAGCGUGCAGAUAAGGAACCAGCUAACGGAACUGUGUUGCUCGGUGAAGGAGGAUGCUUUGACAGUCCUGUCAGCUUUCAACAUCCCCAGCGCCACCGUCCACGCUCCUAUCGCCGGCAUCGCCAGCCUCCGGGCAUCUUGGGCAUUCUACCCUCAACCUCAAGCCAAAGCGACUCUCUCCGCCCGAGCCAGACUGUAAAGAACCGCGCCGUGCCAAGCCCACAUUUUUCUACACAGAGGAUCCCUCACCCACUUCCAACAUCAGUAUUCAUUUUUUUAAAAAAAGUAAGACUGCAAUAUAAUCGUGUUAUUAACAAUCAAAAUAGCAUGAAAUCGAUUGAUCGUGUCACCUUCCUCUUACCUCCAUAAAUCCUUAUUGGAAUUGUAUUUUUGUGAUAUAAUGGGAAUCAAAAAUAAAUUUUAAAAUAAAUACA